AUGUCAUCCACAGCGCAGAAUAGCCUUUCACCCACCGGCAAUGGUGUGACCAAGCGCAAGUCAGGCUCUGCAGCCUGCGUCCACUGCCAUCGGCGCAAAGUCCGGUGUGACGCACGUAUCGUUGGCCUGCCCUGCUCCAACUGCCGCUCCUCGGGGAAAACAGACUGCCGCAUCCAUGAGAAGAAGAAGCGCCUUGCGGUACGCUCCAUUCUGAAUCCCGUUCCCAUUCGUUGUCGGCCGCCGUCCACCUCCGAACAUGUCCCCGAAGCGUCUCCUCCAUCUACCAUCAGCGAACCGACUGCUUUCAUAACUGCUUUCCGCGGAGUUCAGCCAGAAGCAGCAGCUCCUCCGGCGAGCGUCGUUCCGAAUGUUCAGUCCAAGGGGCAACAUCUCCACAGCCAUAGUUAUAGCCACACGUCUCCACAAGCACAGGAAUGCCAUCUUCCGCCCGCUUCGGACCGUCUCGCCGAACAGGAUGCCCAUGCCGACUUUGAGAAGCGACUGGUGAAGCUCAUUGACGAUGAGGAAGGGUCAGGUGCUCGGGAAAUUCAGCGGGGCGUGCGAGCAAUUUAUGUUGGACACGAGCUGUCCAACAUGUCCUUCCUGAUACGUCAACAGCGCGAUAAAGAUGAUGACGUAUAUCACUUUGCGGGCAGCGAGAUACCACGGCGACAGUUGAAAACCGGCCACGACCAGCUUCUCGUAGAUGCUCUGACUCUACCGGAGCCGGCCCUCGUCGACGAGCUUGUCCAGGCAUACUUCACCCACGUGAACCCGGGAUAUCCCAUUGUUGAAGAAGAUCAGUUCAUGACUCAGUAUCGCAAUAGAGACCCCUCUGAUCCUCCGCCUAUCCUGCUUUUGCAAGCCAUUCUAUUAGUCGGAUGCCAUGUCACGUAUCCAAAAGAAGAGCGGGAUACUUUGAAGGACAUUUUCUUCCGUCGCGCGAAAUGGCUCUUUGACAAUCGCAUUGAGCGAAACCGUGAUACCUUGGUGCAAGCUGCGCUGCUCUUGACGUGGCAUUCAGACAGCCCCGAUGAUGAUGUUUCUGCCAACGCUCACUACUGGGUCGGUGUUGCUGCUCGAAUCGCGACUGGCCUCGGCAUGCAUCGAAAUCCAGUCUCGAGCAGGUUCGUUUCCCGGGACCGCCGGAUGUGGAGAAGGCUAUGGUACAUACUGGUUCAGUUCGAUGUAUUGGUCUCCCUUUCGUAUGGUCGACCUCAAGCUAUAAACCUCGAAGACUCCGAUGUCUCUCCGUUGACAGCCUCUGAUUUUGAAGGCUGCGGGGUCCGUGUCCAGACGGACUAUGUCAUUCAUUUUUCAGAGCUUUGCACAAUGAUAUCUUAUAUUGUGCGCGAGCGAUUCGGACUACGAGUCAGUUCGGAGCGUCGCAAAGCCGCAUUGCAAGAAGCAGAUGAAGCUCUUGCGAACUGGUCUUUGCGGCUUCCAGACAAUCUGCGGCUGCGUGCCUCGGAUAUGGAUCCUUGGUCCGCCAUGCUUCACUUGACCUACAACAAUUUUCUCAUCCUUCUUCACCGGCCCCAUCCCAGGGCAUCCGCGUACUCGGAUGACUACGGCCCGCAUGAUGCAGAGAUCUGCAGUGCAGCCGCUGGCGUCAUCGCAUCUAUCUUCGAAGAACUCCGCUUAAACGAUCGUCUCAAGUACCUAUGGUAUUCCGGCGUCCAUACUCUCUUUACAGCGAUGAUCCAAGUUCGAGUCGAGCUGCGAUUCUCGAACCCUGUCUUAGCCAUUAACGCCCUGCGCCGCUUUGAUUCCGCCUCCUACUCACUCCGCGAACUAGCCAAGUACUGGUCGCACGCCACCACUAUUCUACGCCUCUUCGAAGAUUCGAAACGUCUACAAGAGGAUCUUCGCCUGGCAACAAGCGAAAGAUCCAGACCCUUCAGCAGCACGCACAACCAAUCCCAGACCCAGACCCAGAACCAAAACAAGAACCAGAAUCAACACAUUUCAACAAACACAUCUGUACAACCCCCACAGCCAGAUCGGCCCCUCCCCUCCUACGACGCUCCCACCCCGGACUCCACGUCUCUACCACAAACCACUGUCUCCCCGCACCAGAACCAACCCUUCGACAGCUGGAUCCCAUCCACGAACCUGGCAACUGUCGAUACGAUGGAUCAGCCAAGGGAAUUCCUGGACUGGCGCCAGCUAUUCUCCUUCACGGAUCCGGACCAGUCUGUCCUGCCGAUGAGCAUGGAUGGGCUCCUGGAGCUGGAAGAUGAAUGGCGCCAGAUCUAUUGGCAGGAGACACCGAUGUCGGAUCUUCUCCAGGAUGGAGGAUGGAUGCACGGCUAG